AUGGGUGGGUCUCAGGAACCCUCCAUCUCAGAGAUGCUGCUGCUGCUGCUGCCCCUGCUGUGGGCAGCUCAUGGCUACUGGUUCCAGGAAGGGGCAAAUCCAUACCAGGAUGCUCCUGUGGCCACAAAUGACCCAGAUCGUGAAGUACAGGAAGAGACCCAGGGACGAUUCCACCUCUUUGGAGACCCCCAGACCUACAACUGCUCCCUGGACAUCACAGAUGCCAAGAGGAGGGACAAUGGAAAAUACUUCUUUCGGGUGGAGACAAAUAGAACAAAAUGGAAUUAUAAAUCUAACCCUCUCUCUGUGCAUGUUAUGGCCCUGACCCAUACUCCCCACAUCCUCAUCCUGGGGAUCAUGGAGUCUGGCCACCCCAGCAACCUGACCUGCUCUGUACCUUGGGCCUGUGAGCGGGGCACACCCCCAAUAUUCUCCUGGACAUCAGCUGCCCUCAUCUCCCUGGGCCCCAGGACCCACUUCUCCUCAGUUCUCACCCUCACCCCACGGCCCCAGGACCAUGGCACCAACCUCACCUGUCAGGUGAAGUUCCCUGCAGUUGGUGUGACUGCGGAAACAACCAUCCAGCUGAAUGUCACCUGUCUCCAGACUGUGUUUCCAGAGAACGUCAUCGUCCACAUCCUGCAGAGUAUGAACAACUACACGUCCUCUCCAAGGCCAGAGACCAAGGGGCCAACACCACGGGCUGGAUUUGAAGGCUUGGGUCCAGAAUACGACCUUGAGAUGCAGGAGCUGGUGAUGGUGCAGGAGAGAUUGUGCAUCCUUGUGGCCUGCACCAUUUUCUACCCCAAGUAUUACUGGAUGGAUUCUGACCCAGUUCAUGGCUACUGGUGCCAGAAUGGGGCCACUCCUGGACAGGUUGCCCCAGUGGCUACAAACAGCCCCAACCAGGAUGUGCAGCAGAAGGUCCAGGGACGAUUGCCCCUCCUUGGUGAUCUCUGGACCUACAACUGCCCCUGGAGUAUCAGAGACACACAUAAUGGGAACAUGGGGCACACUUCUCUCAAGUGCAGAUAG